CCCCCCACGCCUCUCUCGGCGGGCCGCCUCCCGCCCGGCUGGACGGCGCCCCGCCGGGUUGGCAGCCGCUGCCGCGGAGCCUGCGGGCGGACGAGGCGCGGGGAUGGAGGGCGAUCGGCUGGACAGCCCGGUUACCAUUAAGGGUAUAGAAAGAGAGCUCAUCUGCCCAGCAUGCAAGGAAUUAUUUACCCAUCCACUGAUCCUUCCUUGCCAGCACAACGUCUGUCACAAAUGUGUGAAAGAAAUACUCUUCGCAUUUGAAGACUCUUUAGCUGAUGGAGGCUCUGAAUCCUCUAAUCAGAGUAGCCCUCGAAUUAAAGUCUCUUCUUCUAGCAUGGACAGAAUUGACAGGAUUAGUAGAUCAGGAUUUGGCGUCUACACAGGCAGAAAACGCAAUUCACUGACUCCUAGAUCGACUCUAUUUCCUUGUCCGGGUUGCCAGCGGGAUAUUGAUCUCGGAGAACGUGGCAUCAAUGGCUUAUUUCGCAAUUUUACUUUGGAAACCAUUGUGGAAAGAUACAGACAAGCAGCCAGGGCAGCCAUUGCUAUUAUGUGCGAUUUCUGCAAACCUCCACCUCAAGAGUCCACGAAGAGCUGCAUGGACUGCAGUGCAAGCUAUUGCAAUGAGUGUUUCAAAAUACACCAUCCUUGGGGAACUGUGAAAGCCCAGCAUGAGUAUGUAGGACCAACCACCAACUUCAGACCCAAGAUUUUGAUGUGUCCAGAACAUGAAAUGGAGAGGGUAAAUAUGUACUGUGAAAUCUGCAGAAGGCCUGUUUGUCAUCUUUGUAAACUGGGUGGAUGUCAUGCAAACCAUAGAGUAACAACCAUGAGCACUGCCUACAAAACCCUUAAGGAGAAGCUUUCAAAAGAUAUCGAGUACCUCAUCAGUAAGGAGAGCCAGGUGAAAGCUCACAUCACACAGCUGGAUCUGCUGCUGAAAGAAACAGAGUGCAACAGUGAAAGAGCUAAAGAAGAAGCAUCUCAGAGUUUUGAGAAAUUAUCUCAUGUCCUGGAAGAGAAGAAGUCUGCAGCUCUUAGGGCAAUUGAGGCUUCUAAGAAUUUAAGGCUGGAAAAACUGCAAACGCAAGCCGAAGAAUAUCAAGGGCUCCUGGAAAAUAAUGGCCUUGUAGGAUAUGCUCAAGAAGUGCUUAAAGAAACUGAUCCAUCUUGUUUUGUUCAAACAGCAAAACAACUUCAUGUCAGAAUCCAAAAAGCUACUGAAUCUCUGAAGACCUUCAGGCCAGCAGCUGAAACUACUUUUGAGGAUUUUGUGGUGGACAUAGCCAAGCAAGAAGAGAUCCUUGGUGACUUGUCCUUCCUUUCCAAUGGUCUAGAAAUACCAGAAAUCAAUGAAGAGCAGAGCAGAAUGUAUGACAAAGCUCUAAUCAGCUGGGAAUGCCCAGGGAAGACAGACUCAGCUGAUAUCUAUGUUCUUGAGUAUCAUAAGCUUAACAGAGAAGAGGAGAGUGCGACAUGGCAGGAGAUUGAAGUUUGCAGCAAGAGCACAGUAAUACCUGAUCUUGAUGACGACAGCAGCUAUGCCUUUAGAGUUCGAGGAUAUAAAGGGUCCAUCUGUAGCCCUUGGAGCCAAGAAGUUAUUUUGUGUACACCUCCAGCUCCAGUUUUCCGUUUUCUUUUUGAUGACAAAUGUGGGUACAACAGUGAACAUCUGCUGCUGAACCCAAGAAGAACCUCUGUGGAAAGUAGGGCUGGAUUUCCUCUACUGCUGGGAUCUGAGCGCAUGCAGGUCGGGUGCUACACAACCCUGGAUUACAUCAUUGGCGACACUGGGAUUGCCAAAGGGAAGCACUUCUGGGCUUUUCAUGUGGAAGCCUAUUCAUAUCUGGUGAAAGUGGGAGUUGUUUCUAGCAACAAGAUACAGAAAUUGUUCCAUAAUACCCAUGAUGUGACCAGCCCAAGAUACGAGCAAGACAGUGGUCAUGACAGUGGGAGUGAAGAUGCCUUCUGUGAUUCAUCGCAGCCUUUCACACUGGUCACUUUAGGCAUGAAGAAGUUCUUUAUCCCCACAACACCUGCUGCCCCAAAGGAUCCAGCGAGCCGAAUCCUUCCCCUGCCAUCAUGCUUGGGCAUUUGCCUGGACUGUGAAAAAGGCAAGGUGGGGUUUUACGAUGCAGGCUGUAUGAAAUGCCUUUAUGAGUGCGAGGUGGACUGCUCUGGCAUAAUGUACCCAGCGUUUGCCUUAAUGGGUGGUGCAGCAGUUCAUCUUGAGGAAGCUGUCACAGCAAAGUAUGGGGAGUACCACGAUGACAUCUAGUGCAGUAAUCUCUUCCCAUUGCUGUUCUGAGAUGGAAAAUGAAAGCAGAAGAAUUCUACCUUAGUUUUCAGUCCUGAUUAAUAACAUUCUACUUACGUGUUGCUCACAAGCCUCUGGGCCAUGCUUUUUUUAAACCAACGGUUCAGGCACUUCCCACACCAGUGGGAAAUGUUCUUCUGGGAACUCUCCUGCCUUUCUUGUGAUCUGUGCGAUGCCGUUCUCCACAGACAUUCUUCCCAGGACAAAGCAGAGAAGAAGUUUGACUAGCAACCAAAAUUACUCUUCAGGGGUAGAAAUCUGCCUUCUAUGUAACUUAAAUCCUUACCUAGUCAGUUUUGCUUUUUAUGAAGUCAAAACUGACAGCGUGUGAUUGCCAUUCUCCUUUUAAGAAAUCUGCCUGAAUGCCUCUGAGGGGUCAAAUGUUUUCCAGUUAACCCCUGAGCACCAGGGAGGGGGUUGGGCCUUUCAGCAUGAAAUAACAUUUGCAAAAAUGCAGUAAGUUGGGAGAAAUCAGAACUGCAGCUGAACAUUCAGGUUGUAUUGAGAAAGAGGAGCGUAAACUAGAAUCUGAUUGCAUGUCAUAUACCUUUAAUGUGACUGUACGGUAAAACUCUAAUUCUGACACCUGGUGUCGUAUAGUUGGUGGCACAAUGGUAAGUUUCUUUACUCUUCCAGGCUUUUACUAUAGGCUAUAUAAAAUACAUAAAGUGCAAUUUGACCGUAAACAUCAGACUUUAGAAUCCAAAAUCAGAAGUGUUUGCAUGUGUGAGUAAUAGUACCUGGUAUUUAGGCAAAAGAGUCACAGAAUCAUAGAAUCACAGAGUAAUUUGGGUUAGAAGGGAUUUCAAACUCAUGUAGUCCACACACCCCACCCCCACCACAGGAAGGGACACCCUCCACUAGACCAGGUUGCCCAAAGCUCCAUCCAACCUGGCCUUGAACACUUCCAGGGAUGGGGCCUCCACAACCUCUCUGGGCAACCUGUUCCGGUGCCUCACCACCCUCACAGUAAAGAAUUUCUUCCUAACAUCUCAUCUAAAUCGACCCUCCUUCAGCUUAAACCCAUUACCCCUUGUCCUGUCACUACACUCCCUGAUAAACAGUCCCUCUCCAGCUUUCCUGUAGGCCCCUUCAGGUACUGGAAGGAUGCAGUUAGGUCUCCCUGGAGCUGCCUUUUCUCCAGGCUGAACAACCCCAAAUGAGCAAAUGAGUUAUUGACAUGAGUAAUAAUAUGUGAACUUUAAAAACAAAUCAGGUAUUUCUUUUAAUACUUGUUUCUAUAAGUUAGUUUUUUUAAUCUAGUAGCAGCUUGGUUUUUUAGUAAGAAUGUUAAAAAUGCACUGUUUUAAGUUCUGAGACCCAAUUUCUGCCUUAAAGGAUGUCUUCUCUCAAAUUUCUGUUCCUCUCAUGUUGAAAACUGUAUCACAUAGUAGUUUUUCACAGAAUCAUAGAAUGACACAUCCACAACUUCUCUGGGCAACCUGUUCCAGAGUUGCACCACCCUCAUUAUUAGAAAUUUUUUCCUUACAUUUAAUGUAAAUCUACCCUUUUUCAGUUUAAAACCGUUGCCCCUUGUCCUGUCACUACAGGCCUUAGCAAAAAGCCUCUCUCCAUCUCUUUCUUAAGCCUUCUUUAUAUAUUGAAAGGCCGCAAUGAAGUCUCCCCGGAGCCUUCUCCAGGCUGAGCAACCCCAACUCUCUCAGCUGUUCUUCACAGGAGAGGUGUUCCCAGCCCUCUGAUAAUUUUUAUGGCUGUCCUGUGGACCUGCUCUGUGCUGGAGACCCCAGAGCUGGAUGCAGUACUGCAGGUGGGGUCUUGGAAGAGCCAAGUGGGAGAAUCACCUCCCUUACUCUGCUGGGCACCCCUCUUUCUGUGCAGCCCAGGAUACAACUGGCUUUCUGGGUUGUAAGCACACAUUGCUGGGUCAUGUCCAAUUUUUCAUCCACCAGGAUCCCUAAGUCCUUCUCUGCAGGGCUGUUCUCAGUCCCUCAGUCUGUAUCAACACUGGGGAUUACGCGGACCCAGGUGCACGACCUUGCCCUUGGCUUUGGUGAACCUCAUAACGUUCACGCGGGCCCAUUCCUCAAGCCUGUCAAGGUCCCUCUGGAUUGCAUCACUCAGCUUGGUGUCUUCUGCAGAUCUGCUGAGGGUGAACUCAAUCCCACUAUGUUGUUAACAAAGAUACUAAAUAAUAUUGAUGCCAGUACAGACCCUUGAGAUACACCACUUGUUACUGGUUUCCACUUGGACUUUGAGCCAUUGACUAUAACUCUUUGGAUGUGGCCACCCAGCCAAUUCCUUAUCCAUUAAACAGUCUAUCCAUCAAACCCAUAUCUGUCCAGUUUAGAGGUAAGAAUGUUGUGGGGGAUCGUCUUAAAGGCCUUACAGAAGUCCAGGUAUAUGACAUCUGUAGUUCUUCCCUUGUCCACUGAUGCAGUCACUCCAUCACAGAAGGCCACUAGAUAAGUCAGGCAUGAUGUGCCCUUGGUUAACCCCUGGUGGCUGUCUAUAAUCACCUCCAUGUCUUCCAUAUGUUUUGACCUAUCUUCCAGGAGGAUCUGUUACAUGAUCUUACUGGGCAGAGAGGUGGACUGCAUCUGUUCAUGGAAAUCUACGUAAAAAAAACAUUUGGGUACUUGCACUGUUAACUCGUGUUGUGGAAAAAUAAGGAUCUAAAGUGAAGGAUGUUUCUAAUACAUACUUGGUGCUUUCUAAUUUGGGGAUAUGCUUUCUAAUUUGGGGAUAGUGUUGCGUCUUGAUGAAUGUGUGUGAAGUAUGCUUACUAAGUACAUGUAUACAGCUGUAGAGCUAUGAAAUGGGACCUGAAAAUCACAGUACACUUAAAUGAAUGUAGGUCAUAAUGCAAAGCCUUUGUGUGCUUUGCUGUCUGAACUGUCAUACUGAUCUGACCUGGAGUCCACCCCUCCCAGUGUCCUCUCUCCUAAGCCUCUGUCUGGUGGCCACUGUCAGAAGAAAUUGGCAGAAAUGUCAUCUGCGCCAAAGUGAGCAUGACAGCCUUUUUGGAGCUAGAAAGGUCUGGCAAGGGCAACCUCUUGUCAACCGCAAAUGUUUCUGCCCUAGUAAGGCUGCGUAGAAGUAUGUUGCACAGCUUCAUUGUGUGCUUGCGUGGGAAGCACUUCCGUGUCCCAGACAGCAGAUGGGAAGCAGUGGGUAUCUUCUGGAACAUUCUCCUGCAGGAGAAAUGGCAAAUUGUCUCUUGCUAGUUACCCUUUAGGUAAUUUCUUUUUGUAAAAUAUGGUUAUCAUAGCCUUUCUUUCCCAUUUUGCCCUCCCUUUCCUAUUUCUUCUCACUGGAUGGAAGCCAUUUUGUACUGGUGAGCAUCCUGUUGCCCCUCUUUCUGCUGUCAUCUUCUGAGGCUGACUGAAGGAGCCCUCCAUGCAGACACUCUGUUGCUGUGAAGGAUGACAAAAUUCUGAGUUUUCCUUCUUUACGUACUCCUAAAAUCGUAUUUGCCUUUUUGGUUGAUACCGAAUAUUAUGCUGACGUUUACAGUUUCUUCUGCAGUGUCUUCCACACAAUCCUGAUGGUUAGUUGUAAACAAGCUAUGCACAUACAGGGUUUCCCCACCUUGUGUGUAAUUUUGCAUCUGUUAAUGUUGAGUUUCAUCUGCUUGUUUACCUAGUCACUUAGUCCUGAGGGCCUCCUGCAGCUCUUCAGUCACUUCUAGACUUGAAUGUUUCUGAGUAGCUUCAUAGGUAACACAAACAUGAUAAUUUUUUGUUUGCUUGCUUUUCCAGAUCUUGGAGCAACUUAAGUUGUAGUAAGAUGCAGCAAACCUCUUUCUGCUGGUAAAAUUUAUUGUUCCUUCCACAUUUUUUUCCCCCUCAGUCAUUUAUUAAACCAUGAUUAGCUAGUCAAGCACUGAAAACUUUUACAUAUUAGUGCACUCUGUUGAGUAGAUGGCUCAUGUUCUUGUAUGUGUGAGCCCAGUAGCCAAACAGACCCAGGAGACAGGAUACUCUCUUCAGUAGCCGUGACUUCUCGCAUUGUAUAAUUGCCAUUUGGCCUUCAUCUACCAAAGCUAGGCUUAAAGCUACAGAUUAUAGGUUGAACUUUCCAAUUUGUUGUUCCCAGACAAAUGUAUAAUUUUUUGUCUGUUUCAGAAACUGGUCUAAAUUACAGGUUUUAUGUCACAGUUAGCACUCUACAGUUCCACAUUCAGAUUCUUUAUAAGCAUCUGGACCAAUAUCACCAGGCUUUGGCCUUUCAUUACUUUAUAGAAAUAUUCAUAAACUGAACACUCUGUCUUAGAUAUGAAGACAGUCCCUCAGAUUCAUUUAUUUAAAAAAAAUAUUCAAUUUUACUAGCUUGAAAAUAUAGAAGUAAGAAAUUAAUUUUUUUUUUUUUCUACUACAGCUUUAUCUUACAUUCAUUUAAGAUGUACUCUGCUAUGCAAUUACUUAUUCUACUGGACAGAAACCAAUACUACUUUAAACAUUUAUCUACCUUUUGAUAUGUCUGUUUGUAUUUAUCUCAUUCUGAGUUUAAACAUUGAUUUGGCUUUUGGUGUUACUUGAAUACGUAGGAUACCUUCAUUACAGUACUCUGUGGUGCUUACUCCAGCUUAUUAAAUAAAAAACACACUGUCGGAGGCACUGUCAACACAGUCAGAUUUUUUCCAUUACAAUGGAAGUGUCACCUUUCAGAAAUACAGUUCAGCAGUAUUUGCCUAUCCAAAUACUUAUUUUUCCAGAACAAGUUUCUUCCUGUGAAACAGCACUUUACAAUGUAGACUAAGCUAAGAAUGGUGUGGUAUUGUGUGGAUCUUCGUGCAAUAUAGCUGUUUGGUGACUUCUGUGUGAUUUGCAAAGCUCCAUGCAGGUGUGAAUCUUGUAGACACUUUUUAGAUAUCUAAAGCUUUAACAAAAUGGCCUUGUUUAAAAAUAUUCUGAAAUGUAAAUGUGAUGUCUUUUUUUCUAAAUAAAAGCUGAAAAUACA